AUCGAAGAACUCUGUUCUUCGUCUUUUCAUUUUGGAUCUGUAUUAAACCUCUUCAGUGCUUGUAAUCGGGGAUCGUUUUCCGGUCAGGUUUUGUCGGCUCGUCGAUGAGUGAUCUUCUAAUUAGGGCUAAGAUCAAUCAAUUUGUUGAAGCAAUUACAGAGCUCCGUUCCGGUUUCUAGCGAUGAGUGCCGUCAACAUCACAAACGUUACGGUCUUGGAUAACCCUGCCGCGUUUCUGAAUCCAUUUCAGUUCGAGAUCUCAUACGAGUGCUUGACUCCGCUUAAAGACGAUCUGGAAUGGAAACUCACCUAUGUCGGAUCUGCCGAGGAUGAAACCUAUGACCAACUUCUGGAGAGUGUACUCGUUGGACCCGUUAAUGUUGGCAAUUAUCGUUUUGUUCUUCAGGCAGACCCUCCAGACCCCUCAAAAAUCCGGGAGGAAGACAUCACCGGGGUCACAGUACUGUUAUUAACAUGUUCAUACAUGGGACAAGAAUUUGUAAGAGUAGGAUAUUAUGUGAACAACGAUUAUGAUGAUGAACAGCUUCGUGAAGAACCUCCCCCAAAAGUUCUGAUCGAUAGGAUUCAAAGAAACAUUCUAGCUGACAAGCCGAGAGUCACAAAAUUUCCCAUCAAUUUUCAUCCAGAGAACUCUGAACAUGGUGCUGAGCAACAACCGUCUUCACCACACCACUCAGGUGAAGCCCUCAACAAUGAAGAAGAAGAAUUACAACCGCCACCAUCACCAUCACCAGCAGAUGAGCCAUCUUUAGAUCAGGAAGCCAUCGAUUCUGGACCUCAGCCCUCAGUUACGGCAUGAAAGCUAGCCAAACUAAGGUUUCAGCCUUGAGGUGACCCAUCUUUUGCAACUCUUUCCUCUUGGUUUGUAAGCUAAAGCAGUGACGUAGAUAUGUUAAUUAGUGACCAGUUUGGGACUGUGCUAAAUGAAUUUGGGAAAGAUGAUUACGUCUUUUCUGUUAUUUAAUCGAAACUCUGAUAGUCCCAAAUCAAUUCAUUGUGUUUUUUUAGUUUGAAUUUGGCUUCUUUUUUUCGAA